GAGAGUGCACGAGCAGCAGGGGGCGAUAGAAAAGACAGAGCACGCACUUGGCACGAGUCUCUCCGUCCCACUUUCCGUGUGACGGCAGGUAAAGGCGCAGUGCGACGGGGCUGCAGCACUCAGACACAGGAGUUUAACCUGUUGGACUGCUGCUGUAUCACUCUCUGUAUGCUGUCAGCAGCUGGAUCUCUGUGAACCACCCCCCAAAGUCUGGAUUGUUCCACUCCUCUCACAGUUUUAUUUGUUGGGAUUAAUAUUUCCUGAACCGAAGCUGCUGUAAUGAGAUCCUCUGUUCUAGGAUCAGUUUGGGCUGUCCUCCUGCUCUUGCGGGAGCCUGCGUGCCUUGGUGAUGAGGUUACCUCCAGUACAGUGAACCCAUGCUGCUAUUUGCCCUGUCAGCACUGGGGUGUGUGUGUGAGAUACGGCGAAGACAAAUAUGAGUGUGAUUGCACUCGUACCGGAUACUUCGGAGAAAACUGCACCAUCCCGGAGUUUUGGACCAGAGUGCGUCAGUUCUUGAAGCCCAGCCCAGAUGUGGUGCAUUACAUUCUCACUCAUUUCCGCUGGCUCUGGGACAUUGUCAACUACACCUACCUACGAGACGUUCUCAUGCGACUGGUUCUAACAGCUAGAUCCACCUUAAUACCCAGCCCUCCAACCUACAACUCAAAAUAUAGCUACCUCAGCUGGGAGUCCUACUAUAAUCUGAGCUACUACACUCGGAUUCUGCCCCCAGUGCCAAAGGACUGUCCUACUCCCCUGGGGGUCAAAGGCAAAGCUGGGCUGCCUGACCCUGAGCUGCUGGUUGAGAGGCUCCUAAAGAGAAGAACGUUUAGACCCGACCCCCAGGGCACCAACCUCAUGUUCGCCUUCUUUGCCCAGCACUUCACCCACCAGUUCUUCAAGACCUACAACCGCAUGGGACUUGGCUACACUAAGGCUAUAGCGCACGGGGUGGAUGCAGGGCACGUUUAUGGAGACAACCUGGAACGUCAACUCCAGCUCAGGCUUCACAAAGAAGGCAAACUCAAGUAUCAGUUAAUUGAUGGCGAGAUGUACCCUCCCUCUAUAGCUGAUGCACCCAUUAGGAUGAACUACCCACCUGGGAUCCCUCCUGAGAAACAGUGGGCUAUCGGCCAGGAGGUGUUUGGCCUCCUUCCCGGUUUGGGAAUGUAUGCCACACUGUGGCUGAGGGAGCAUAACCGAGUGUGUGACAUCCUGAAGGCAGAGCAUCCCACCUGGGAUGAUGAUCAGCUUUUCCAGACGUCACGCCUCAUCAUCAUUGGCGAAACAAUAAAGAUAGUGAUAGAGGAGUACGUGCAGCACCUCAGUGGAUACCUGCUGAAGCUGAAAUUUGAUCCCACCCUGCUGUUUAAUUCCAACUUCCAGUACGGGAACCGUAUCGCUUUAGAGUUCAGCCAGCUCUAUCACUGGCACCCUUUGAUGCCGGACAGCUUUAUUAUCAACGGAGAUGAGAUAUCAUACACGCAGUUCCUAUUCAACACUUCGGUUCUGACAUACUACGGCAUUGAUAAGGUGGUGGAUGCUUUCGCUCGGCAAACUGCUGGCCAGAUUGGCGGUGGUCAUAACAUCAAUCCAGUGGUGACCAAAGUGGCCGUGGGGACCAUAAAGGAGUCCCGCCAACUCCGCAUGCAGCCCUUUAAUGAGUACAGGAAACGCUUUAACCUGAAGCCGUACACGUCAUUCAGCGAAUUCACCGAUAACGAGGAAAUAGCCCGCGAGCUCGAAGAGUUCUACGGUGACAUCGACUCUGUUGAAUUUUAUCCCGGUUUGAUGUUGGAGAAAACCAGACCGGGCACCAUAUUUGGAGAGAGCAUGGUGGAGAUGGGCGCCCCCUUCUCCCUUAAAGGCCUGUUGGGAAACCCUAUAUGUUCUCCUGAAUACUGGAAGCCGAGCACCUUUGGAGGUAAAGUCGGCUUUGACAUAGUGAACUCGGCUACGCUAAAGAAGCUGGUCUGUCUGAACACCAAGACGUGUCCUUACGUGGCGUUUAGAGUACCAACUGAGGAGCAGUCCCAAAGAGAGAACGAUGAGCUAGCUGUAGUCAUGACGACUUUGGAUGACAAGAUCCUGGGAGAGAAGCUGCAGUACUACUACAGCAGCAGCGAGGACGAAGGCAGCGACAACGAGGACGAGGACGGGGAGAACAAGACCAUCCGGGGUGCGAACACAGAAGAGCCGGACAUAGACUACAGCGCAGACGGGAGUGCUGUCAACACAGGACCAAAGGGAGUCAUCAAUGACUGGAGGAAGUACAAGCAGCUGGAGGUGGAGCAGAAACAGGAGCAGAAGAGGGAGAUGGAAAGGCUGAUUAAGAAGCUGUCGAUGACGUGCCGCUCCGACCUCGACCUGGAAAAAGACAAGGAGAAAGAGAAAGAGCUGCAGGACAAAAUAAAAGGCAAAAUGACCAUGCAAGAGUACAACAUGCUUCAGGAAGAAGAGGACGACGAGGACUUCCUCCAGCAUUACCGCAUGCAGCGCAUCGAAGAGAUGCGGCGCCAGCUCUGCCGCGGCAAGCGCUUCGCACAGGUCUACGAGCUCAACAGCGGCGAGGACUUCCUGGAGGCUUUGGACAAGGAGGACAAAAGCACGCUGGUCAUGAUCCACAUCUACGAGACGGACGUCCCGGGCUGCGAGGCCAUGAGCGGCAGCCUGCUCUGUCUGGCUCAGGAAUACCCGCUGGUCAAGUUCUGUAGCGUACGCAGCUCGGCCAUCAGCACCAGCGCACUGUUCAGAGACAGCGCUCUCCCUGCUCUGCUCGUUUACAAAGGAGGGGACCUGAUCGGCAACUUCGUGCGGCUCACAGAUCAGCUCGGGGAAGACUUCUUCGCUGUGGACGUGGAGGCUCUGCUGCAGGAGUACGGCCUGCUGCCCGACAAGCCCCCCCUCGUCCCGAAGACGGUCCGCAACGGAGCCAUCAUACAGAACACUGUGAGCGAUGAGGACUCUGACCUUGAUAUAGACUAGAGCCAUAAUAUCUAACAUGCUUGAAAAAACAUGCGUACACACUCUGCAUGGACUAUAGAUCAUUUUUAUGUAUGUGGACCCCCGUAGUGAUGACGGACUGAGCCAGGAUGGUACUACUCACACAGAAUCAUGCAACCAGCAUUGAAACCAAAAGUAGAUGCACACAAAACAUCAGUGAGUUUCAUCAUCAUUCCAGUUAGAUUUAAUAAGUAGCCAUUAUGAAUAUGGAGUUAUUGUACACGGUGAGAACGAUGCAGGUGUCGGGUUAAAUGUUUUUUUUGAUUGUCACUAUUUAUUGUGUUAAAACACUUUUUCCCCUGUUUUUUUGUUUCAUGUGAAUUUUCCUUCUCUGUGUUUCACUCUGUAGAAAUCUUCAACCCAGACCGACCUUUAGUUAAUUUUAUAACUUUUAUAUGUGCUGUACCAUUUCAAAUAGUGGGGGAAAAUAAACAAAUGUUUGGACUCAC